AUUUGGCACAAACCGGUUUCUGUGGCUUCCGCGUCCAGCAUCAUCGAGAUCUGUGAGUCGCUCAACAUCCCGAGCACUGCACAACUGCCCGGCCGGGCCCCGGGUCCUCCGCCGCCUCGUCCACCAUCCGCGGUGCUGUGUGCUCAGUCCUCCCCCCCACAAGGCGACACGUUGCAGCCGCGGCCUAUCCCGGGCCCGGUGUGCGGCGCCAACGAGGCUGGGACCCGAGCGGCGUGGACGGCGCAUCCUCCUGAAAACCCGCGUGGACGGCGCAUCGUCCUGAAACCCGCGUGGCCGCGUCCCGCGAGGCGGGGUGGGGGGGCGCGUACGUGCGUCGGGCCCGCGCCCGGGAGCCGUAAUUGCUCCAGACAGCGCGCGGGGCGGAGGCGCCGUAGUAUAAAUAGCGCCGAGUGCACCCGAGCCGCCUCCGUCCCGUCUGCACCGGGGCCGUGCGCACCGACCCGACGCCCCAGCCGCGGGGUCUCCCGGCCGCGCCCCCCGGGGCCAUGGAGGAACUAACCGCCUUCGUGUCCAAGUCCUUCGACCCCCAGGCCCGCGACGGCAGUGCGGGUCCGGCGCCAAGGAAGGACUCGGUCACUUACCGCGAAGUUUUGGAAACCGGCUCGGGCCGGUCGGGAUCCGGAUCCGAAUCCAGUUCGCUGGACGCGAGCGACGCGCUGCGCCUCGACCCGGACGCCGAGCGGGACAAACUGAGGGACUUCGGCGCCGGCCGUGGCGUAGACGGCCCGCUGGACAAGGACAAGCGCGAGGAGCCGCGGGAGGACGACGACGGGCAGAGGCUGAAGCAGCGCCGGAGCCGCACGAACUUCACGCUGGAGCAGCUGAACGAGCUGGAGCGGCUGUUCGACGAGACGCACUACCCCGACGCCUUCAUGCGCGAGGAGCUGAGCCAGCGGCUCGGGCUGUCCGAGGCCCGCGUGCAGGUUUGGUUCCAGAACCGCCGAGCCAAGUGCCGGAAACAGGAGAACCAGAUGCACAAAGGCGUUAUCCUGGGCACCGCCAGCCACCUGGACGCGUGCCGAGUCGCCCCCUACGUCAACAUGGGCGCCCUGCGGAUGCCAUUCCAGCAGGUCCAGGCGCAGUUGCAGCUGGAAGGCGUGGCGCACCCGCACCUGCACCCGCACCUGGCACAUGCGCCGUACCUGAUGUUCCCGCCGCCGCCCUUUGGACUUCCGCUGGCGUCCCUGGCCGAGUCCGCCGUGGUUGCUGCAGCCAAGAGCAGCAGCAAGAGUUCGAGCAUCGCUGACCUGCGGCUCAAGGCGCGGAAGCACGCCGAGGCCUUGGGGCUCUGACGGGGCACCAAGCACCCAGCACCGAGCGCCAAGCACCCAGCCCCCCACCCCGUGCAUGCAGCUAAGUAGCUCGAAUGUCUGACGUCAGAGCCUCAGGGCUGGAGUCGGACUGGACGGACGUGGACUCGGUUCCCAGCACCCAUAGCAAUAACAAAACGCCUGAGGAUGGAGGCCUGGCCGAGUGGAAAAGGUACUUGGCGUCAACUUCCGGCCUCCCACUUCCGGUCGUCCCUCUGGUCUCUGAACUACCAGACGCUGCAGGCCUGGCAGAGUGGAGGAGACCCGAUUGUCCAUUUCCGGCCGCCCACAUCCGGUCGUCUCUCCAGUCUUGAGGCCCUGUCUAGUGGAGAAGAGACUAGGUUGUCCACUUCCGGCCCUCUUGGACUUCCGGUCAGCCACUUCCGGUCGUCUGUCCGGUCUCUGAACCACCAGAGGCUUCAGGCCUGGCCGACUGGAGCGGGGACUCGCCUUCUCUGGCGUCCACUUCCGGUUCCGCCGACUUUGCUUCUGCCCUAGCUUAGCUGACCUCUGACCCCCCCCUUUGGUACCCGGAAGUGGACGUUCUACUUCACGGGGACUGGGGCCAAAGCCCGCCGAAAUGCAGUGAAUCCCGGGAAGUGCAAUACUGUAAAUACUGUUGUCAAGCUCGGCAUCCUGAAAGUGCGGAGCAUGAGCAGGACGGGCCGUGUGCAGAGCGGACGGGCCGUGUGCAGAGGGCCGCUGAGCUUGGAACUCCUGAAACCCCGGAAGCGGAAAAGACGGGACCCACUUCCUCCCCUGACGUCACAUCGGAACGUGAGCACAGCUGUGACAUCCUCCCCAAUGUCACACCUUAAAGUGGUUGUGACGCACUUCCUCACAGCUUCACGUUGUGACGCACUUCCUCGUCAUGUCACACUUUGCCCUGGUUGUGAGCACUUUGUCCCCCGACGUCACACCUGGCCUCACACACAGGUUUCCUCUCGGAUUGUAAAGCUGUUUGGGGCUCUGGGGCUCACGUAGCCCAGGCUAGGAACCAGGAUGGAGCCGCCAGCCACCUGGGCCUCCCCAGGUCUGCAGUUGUCCACCAACCGAGCUACGAGCACUCUUCCCACUGACCUACAAGCUCUCUGCUCUGACAUAGAAGCACUCAACUCACUGACCUAGAAUCACUAUGUCCACUGAGCUACAAGCACUCUGCCCACUGACCUAGAAUCACUAUGUCCACUGAGCUACAAGCACUCUGCCCACUGACCUAGAAUCACUAUGUCCACUGAGCUACAAACACUCUGCCCACU